CUCUAGGACGCACACUCUCCGCCCAUGACGUGUCUUCUGGUUCCGGUACCCCGGUUCCGGCUCGUCAACUUCGGUAUUUUCUGAUGGCGGAGGUCCGUGCGGGUCCCGCCGCUUCCGGUCCCGCUCCGGGUUCCGGUUCCGGUUCGGUAUCCCCUUCCUUGUCUCCACCACCUCCUGCCGGUCCGGUAUCUGGUACCGCGCCACCUCUUCCACCUGCUCCUCCACCUCCCAGUACCGGGCCCGCACCACCUAGAGAAAGCUCCAGCAGUUCAUCAGGGUCUGCAUCAGGUUCGGCCCGGGAGGGCUGGCUGUUUAAAUGGACCAAUUACAUAAAGGGAUACCAGAGACGAUGGUUCGUUCUGAGCAACGGGCUGCUGUCAUACUACCGGUCAAAAGCAGAGAUGAGGCACACAUGCCGUGGUACAAUAAAUCUUGCUACAGCUAACAUCUCUGUGGAAGACUCAUGUAAUUUUGUGAUUUCUAAUGGAGGCGCUCAGACAUAUCACCUGAAAGCAAACUCUGAAGUGGAGCGUCAGCGUUGGAUCACAGCACUAGAGCUUGCCAAGGCCAGAGCCGUGAAGAUGCAGGCAGAGUCAGAUGAUUCCGGGGAUGAGGACGCAUCUUCUCAGACGGAUAAGGCAGAGAUUCACAGCACACUCAGAGCUCUUUCUGGAAAAGUGGAAGACCUGGGCACUUGUAAUGACCUGAUUGCUAAACAUGGAACUGCACUUCAAAGGUCACUGAGUGAGUUGGAGACCCUUCGUCUUCCCCAGGACAGCUCAGAUAAGAUCAAGCAAGUCAAUGAGAGAGCUACACUCUUCAGGAUCACCUCCAAUGCCAUGAUAAACGCCUGUCGAGACUUCAUGUCUCUUGCAGAGAGUCAUAGUAAGAGAUGGCAAAGAGCACUACAGUAUGAGCGUGACCAGAGACUACGACUGGAAGAGACUCUAGAACAACUGGCAAAACAACACAACCACCUAGAGCGGGCAUUCCGCGGAGCCACCGUUUUGCCAGCAGAAACCCGUGCUGGUGGCCAUAAAGAUAUCUGUGCAUCUGGGAAAGGGGAUCUUAGUGAUGAGGACGAUGAGAAUGAAUUCUUUGAUGCGCCUGAAAUUAUCAGUAGCCCCUCCCAAGAUGGUCUUGGACACAAGCGUUCAGGCAGCAACAUCAGUGCAGCUAGCUGUGAUACAAUCUUAGAGGAACAUAUGCGGCCUCAUUCCGAAGAUCAGAAAAAGGAGAGACGCACACGUAUCCCGUAUAAACCGAACUACAGCCUUAAUCUUUGGAGUGUCAUGAAGAACUGUAUUGGGAAAGAGUUGAGCAAGAUCCCCAUGCCUGUGAAUUUUAAUGAGCCACUUUCCAUGCUCCAACGUCUGACAGAAGAUCUAGAGUAUCACACCCUGCUGGAUCGGGGUGCUCAGUGUGAGAAUGCCCUUGAGCAGCUUUGUCUAGUGGCUGCCUUCACUGUCUCGUCUUACUCCACCACAGUCUUCCGCACCAGCAAACCCUUCAACCCUCUUUUGGGAGAAACAUUUGAGUUGGACAGAAUGGAAGAGAGUGGUUAUCGAUCACUUUGUGAGCAGGUUAGUCAUCAUCCCCCAGCGGCUGCACAUCAUGCUGAUUCUCGUAAUGGCUGGACCCUCCGGCAAGAGAUAAAAAUCACCAGCAAGUUCAGGGGAAAAUACCUCUCCAUCAUGCCAUUGGGCAUCAUACACUGUAUAUUUAAUAACUCUGGGAAUCAUUACACAUGGAAAAAAGUGACCACAACCGUUCACAAUAUCAUUGUGGGCAAACUGUGGAUUGACCAGUCAGGUGAGAUUGAGAUUGUUAAUCACAAAACAGGAGAUAAGUGUAAACUCAAGUUUGCUCCAUACAGUUAUUUUUCUCGAGAUGUAGCCCGCAAGGUGACCGGGGAAGUCAUGGAUGCAUCUGGUCGUGUACAUUAUAACCUCAUGGGUACCUGGGAUGAAAGGAUGGAAUGUGCCCCUAUGUCUCUUUUGGGAAGUAACUCUGAGAAUGGAGGAGAGAGGGUCCCAGAGAGCAGGACACUCCUUUGGAGAAGGAACCCUUUACCUAAGAAUGCUGAGUAUAUGUACUACUUCUCUGAACUGGCGCUUUCCCUGAAUGCCCUUGAGGAAGGUGUUGCACCCACAGACAGCCGACUUAGGCCAGACCAAAGGCUGAUGGAAAAUGGGAAUUGGGAUGAGGCCAAUGCUGAGAAACAAAGACUUGAGGAAAAACAGAGAAGCACAAGACGAAGAAGAGAGGCUGAGAGAGAGAAAGCGGGGGAGGAGGGCUCCCCAGUCGACCCGUAUAAACCUAUGUGGUUUGACAGGAAAAUGGAUCCAGUAAGCAAAGAGAUCACACACGUUUAUCGAGGCACAUACUGGGACUGUAAGGAGAAGCAGGAUUGGUCAAACUGCCCUGAUAUCUUCUAAGGGGAACAAGGGAAGGGGCUGUUCCUGUCCCCCCUACCGAUCCCUUCUCAUCCAUCCUAUCCUGAUCCUAAUCCUUCAUCUUCAGCGAUGCCUUAUGGUUCUUAAUCUUGCUCCCUCCAAUCAGAGCAAUGUUCUGCAGGUCUCUGGUUAGAGAAUAAUUAGGUGGUGAUUUGGCAGGGCAAUUUUUUUAAAAUAAAAUUUAGAUCUGUACUGCACACAUUGACAGUGUCCACUAGGUGUUACUACCCUAUGUUGGAUUUUUCCUUACAAUAUAAACCUGUAAUCGGCAGGUAUUUGUCAUUAAUACCAAUACCUCUAUUCUCUAUAGAAGUGUUUAAGUCCCGACCUUAGAGGCUUUAAAUCUAUUAAAGCCACGGACUAAUCAGGAGAAAAUGUUUUUGCACAAUUAUUUACAGUGUUAUUGUUUUUAAAAUUCUUGUAUAUUUUUUCAAUCCCAAUUCAUCCUAUUUUUUAAAAAAAAAUAAUAUAAAUAUAAAGUGUUCUUAAAGUUAUUGCAAAGGAGUGUGAUUCUUUAAUUUCAAAGACAUGAUGCAUAGGAGCUGUGGAGCAAAAUCAUUUAAGAUCCACUAACUGUUCAGAUAUAACCGUACAUGUUUGAGCAUUAAGUUAAUCAUAAUCAUAAAAUCACUGUGUCACCAACCUUUGCAUAAGCAGGGAUAUCCUUAAAAUUAAACUGGCUACAGGUCUUUGGGGACUGACAAACACUACUGUAGAGGAGAGAAAUUAAUUUGUUCAUUUCUCCUUUUUUUUUCCUUUUUGUGUUUUUCUUUUUUUUUUUUCUUUAAAGCCUUGGAGACCUGCAGAGCACUGGUCUUGCAAACUCUCCCCAGACUCUAAACCAUCUCAUAGCCCCCACUCUGUGCACUCUGGUAGUGGGGGUGCCGUCUGCCUUAUGUUUGAGUUAAUUUCUGUGUUUUGGGGUUUGUUGUGUGAAUAUAUUUUUAUCUUUUUUUUUUUUGUUUGUUUAUUUGUUAGGUAGGGGGGAAUUUUUUAUUUUGUGUGUGGGAGAAUUUUGGUAUGGGUGACAUUUUUCCGAACCCUUGGUAUGAUUUUGGGUUUACAAUUGAGGGUUUGCUCUGCCAGUCCGGCCCCAUAUAUAAAUAUUUAUAUAUAUAUGUAUAUUUUUCAUUCUCUUCACAUCAAUCUGCCUCUCAAUACCCCUCUUUUUUUUUCUCUGGCGUUUAUCUCCCUCUCUGCAAAAAUCUAAAUUAAAUAAAGAUCAGAUAACACCUUG